AUGUUAUCGCAAUUACGCCAAUACCACCCAGUAAUUGAGCUGGAGACGGUGGCUCAUCUUUUGAAAUCAGAGUAUGGAGAUGAACAGGAGAGAGCUCAAUUGGGUCAAUUGGGACUGCAGAUAGUGAAUAGAUACGAUGGAUAUGAGUGUCCUUAUAAGGCUUUAUUUGAAGCAGCAGUAAGCGAUUCUAAAGCAACAAUUUCGCACGCAGCAGGCCUCCAUUAUUCAUCCGCCAAUGAUGAGAGUCAUACCAAUGAUACAGAUAACGAACACAGAGACGACAAUGUGAUGAAGCAUUUGCUUAGCGGAAAAUAUCUUGAAGCCUUAGCAUUGCUGGAUGCCAAUAGCAAGAUGGACAAGUCCCCAUUCAAACAUAUGGAACAAUUUGCUAAGAUAAUGAUAUUCAGUAGAAACUAUGAGAAUGUGCAAGAAUUAGAGUUAAGAUUACAAUACAGCCUAUCAGAUGAUAGAAUUGAUCAAAUUUCAAAAGAUCAACAACCAUCUCAAAAUUUGAGUGACGAAAAGGAGAGUAUAUGCAGGAUAAAACUGUAUAUCUGUACGUCUUACUUCAUUGAAGGAAGGUAUUUUGAGUGCUCCUCCAAAUUUUACAAGUUUUACAUUGAAGACCCAAAAACGAUGAUGAAGAUACUGACAAGUAAAGUUGAUGGUGAUGCUUUACUUUUACUUCCUGAGCUCAAAACAAUGAUAGCAGCUUCAACAUUAGUUUCAAUACCUAUGAACAGUUAUGAUGAGUUAAUUUCCAUCGAUGAACUUACAGAGCUUUUUGACACCGUUGAUAUUCUAUCCAGGUCAUUGAAAUUGCUGAUUAAUACGAGCUUUAAGUGCUUUUUAGCUCUAUGGAAUAAUGAAUUUCAGAAAACAUUAUCCCGAUGUUAUUUAUUAAACAAAAGCUGGGAAACAGCCGAGAGACUCAUGAAAAUGAAGAUAUACUGCUUUUAUCUCAAAUUGUCAAAAACUCUAACGAUAAGUUACUUAUCAGAAAAGUUGGGUAUAGAGUAUGAUGAAGUUAAAGAAAGUGUUGAAAGGCUGAUUUGUAGUGCAAAUUUGUAUUUCCAUUUAGACGGAGAUGUGAUAUCUUAUUCAAAAAGAAGUAUUGUGGACUCGACAGUACGAACAUUGGAUGAAAAUUGCAGACAUAUUAAUGAACUUUUGGAUAAACAGAGAGUUAGGAAUGAUAAAUUGAAAGAGAUGAUUAGUGGAAAUCUAUUAGAAGAAGAACAAACAAUAAGAAAAUCUGAUACAGCAAAGACGAGCAAUAAUCAAGAAAUUAUGGACAUUGAUGAUGUGCAAUUUCUAAGUGACGAUUUGGAACAAGUUGAUAGUUGCAUUUCUGACUAG